AUGGCAGCAAGGCAGGAGUUGGACCGCCGGCAAGAGCUGGAGCGCGUCUACCAGGCGCGCAAGAACAGCAAGAAGCACAGUCCGCAGCUGUCAAUCAGCGAUGACAACCACCACGUGACGGAGGCUAUUGGCAGUUGGUACGAGGAAGCGCCUACACCGUCCAGUACGGCUUCGGGCUCAGGCUCAGGCUCAGGCUCAGGCUCAGGCUCAGGUGCGGGAUCAGGAGUAGGCCGGGUGGGAGGCGGCGGUGGCGGUGGAGGCCCAGGCAUAGGUAUAGGUAUAGCCUUAGGUAUGGGCAUGAGCAACGGCGAUGCGGGCCACAGCCGGCCGCUGAGCUACAUCAACGCGCCCAGUGAACGCGAGAGCUUCGAGGCCCGCAGGCAGCGUCGACAUGGCACUCUGCUGGACGCCCAGGUCGGCGUGGGCACUGUCAGCGACUCCAGCAACCCUCGUGUCAGUCCGCCCCCGUCACGCGCACCGCUCUCCCGCGUCCGGAGCAACGAGAAGCUGCGCUCGCCCACCGAGUCUACUGGACACGGCUCGCCUAAGACGCUGCAUCGUAUGGCCUCGCAUGGCUCCGAGAAUGUGAACAGCCAGAAUUCGCCCACCUCUCCCCCGCCGCUGAGUCGCCAAUCAAGCACCGACACCGCCGUGCAACACUUCCCGCUGAAUGACAUUGACUACGAGUCGAGUCCGGCCGCAGUUGCCCAGGAACUCAGCAAUCUCCAGGCUAUACGGCGUAUGAGCAUGAAUGUAGAUACCGCCGACCCAGACCUGCCGUCCUUUGGAGGCUCCAUCUCCCCCGUUGCACCCAAGCAUGACGACGAUGACGAUAGUGAUCCCUCCAAACUGUUCUGGGUGCCCGCGCGACUACAUCCGGAGCUUGCGCCAAAAGAGUUUAAGACGUUCAUAGAAGAUAGGGUCGAUAAGAUACGGCGGAGGUCAGGAGGCGAGGAUAGUCUGACACCGGACGGCAUAAGCAGAUCAGGCUCUGGCAGUAGCUUGCAGCGGAAGAAAAGCAUGCUCUCCCAUCAGAUCGACACGAAGGGUAGCUACGAAGAUGGUGCCGAGCGUCUGGAGAGGAAACGGUCGAAAGGCAUGACAGUGGAGGCGCAGACAACCGUGGCGAAUUUAUCUGAUUUGGAAACUCUGGUGAAUGACCCUGCACAGCUCAUACGGCGGAUGAGCAUGGACAAUCAGCGUCGCUCGCUGGAUUCUGGUAACGACGUGUCAUCAAGCGAUGAUGUCCCCAUUCUGCCUCCCGUGGGUACGUUGAAACGUUCCACUCGAACGACAUACCGAAGGGGGAGCUUGAAGAAAGGCGAAAGAGUGCCAUUCUCCAAACGAGCAGCACAUCGACACAUCGAGCCCGAGAGCGAAGACCUAUCGGCUUCUCCGACAUUACCGAAUAAAAACGAGCCAGCGCUGGGGUUGACACGGGUGCAGACUGAGCCCAUACCGCCUCCUAAGGACCACAGAGAAAGGCCUCCAAGGUCAGAGAGGAGUCGAAGAAAUCUCACGUCUCAAUCAGAAGAGUAUCUUCCGCGUGACGAACCCAGAGACUAUGCGUCAACAACGUCACGAAGGGAUGGACGCUUUGAUGAGCGUGAGCAUCCCCAGCCGCAGCCUGCUCCCUCUCAGCAGCCAAGGCAGUUCCAAUCUCGAAUAGCGUCUCCUGGUAGGACCACGGCCCAACUACCUGGCUAUAACAACACCAAUCCGCUGCCACAAAUCAUCGAAACCCUACCUGAUGGCACCAAAGUCCCGGCUAGCAGCCUCAUGCAAAGUCAUCCGGAGCGAAGAUCAUCACAUGAACUACCAAGGCAUUUCCAGCGCGGUGGUGCGCAUAUGCGUCCUGUUCCUGGCCGGGAGAAGGCGCCCUCGUCGACCCUCGAUGACAUUUCAUCUCAUCCUUCGCCUUUGCCUGGAUCGGGUGCGACUCGCACAGAUGCUCUGACUAUGGUUCCGACCUUCGAUGAGAAGAAAGCGGAAAAGCAAAGCGGAGGUCGCAAGAGCAGCUGGAAAUGGAUCUUGGGUGGCGACGAAGACAAGAGGUCCAAGGAAGAAGUCUCUGAUAGCUCUUCGAGUAAAUCCAAGGCUGGAAAGCUAUCCAAGAAUUCAGCUGACAAGGCGAGAUUGGACGUGCUGCAGAAUUCCAUUGAUGGGAACGUGCCAGCUCGCGGGCGAGAAAGCCUGGUUCUCAAUCGUGACGAAAUCAAAUUGGAGGAAGAACGAAAGAAAGAAAGCAAGAAAACGUCAGAUCCAGGCAAAGAGAAGAGCAAGGAACCAGGCCUGCUCUCGGCCAUUUUUGGAGGCAAGAAGAAGACAUCAGAUGGUGACCUGAAAGAAAAGAAGCGAAGAGUUCGUGAACAUUCUCCAGAGCCACUCGCGCGAAUUCUUAAGCCCGACAUUGAUUAUAACUGGACGAGAUUCAGUAUACUGGAAGAGCGAGCCAUUUACCGCAUGGCACACAUCAAGCUCGCGAAUCCUCGGCGAGCAUUGUACAGCCAGGUGCUCCUCUCCAAUUUUAUGUAUUCUUAUCUUGCCAAAGUGCAAAUGAUGCAUCCUCAGAUGCAGAUCCCCGCAGCCCAAAGAGCGGCGCAGAGAGGGCAGCCGCAGGAAGAGCAGCAGAAGAAGCAGCAAGAACAGCAUCCGCCAGAAUACAACCAGUACCAGAGGUGGCAAGAGGAACAAGCAAGACAGGAAGCUACUAAUACUGCAAACUCUGGUGCUGGACGGACAAGUUUCGACAUGGUGCACGAAGCCACCAAAGACGAGCCUCUGAAGACCGUGGACAGCAGUCGUACUCGUCACAUUCUGGGAACGGGAGCAGCCCACGAACCAAUGGCGCAGGCGCAAAUUCUCAAGGAUACAGUGUUGCCACCACACAUGAUUAUCUUGGGUAUGCAAAAUCCGAGCCGUUCUCUUCGCGACAAGGCCUGUGGAAUGAACGAGAAGUGGAAGAAGAGCUGUGGUGAUACGUCCUUCGCUUUGGUCACCAAUUGA